AUAGCCGGCAAUUUGGAGUUUGUUGACAAAAAUGUUGGAAGCUGUUUUAACGGAUUUACCAGAUAUUAAAGCUCCCGAAUUGAGUUUUGAAACGUUGAAGCUAGUUCUGAAGCGCUUGCGUCCACUGCAACGAUACAGUUUCUGUGUGGAGGCUUGCGAGGAAGGCGAUGAGACGAAGCUGAGGUCAGGAUUCCUGAAGAUGCUGAAGGGCAAUCUGAGUUUGGAAGAGGUAGUGGCCCUUUACUCGGCAUCCGUGGUUCUGUUCCUCCAGUCGGGGAACGAAAGGCCAUGCAACCAGCGAUUGGAGCUGCUAAACGCGACCUUCGGUUAUUCAGACACCCUGAAGCCCACGAUGAUCCACUAUGCCACCGGGGAAAUGCUCAGUAGCUUAAGGCUGGCCUGCAGCGACGAGGAACACUGUUUUGUUUACAUACUGGAGGCGAUCCCACACAUCUUGGUGGCUAGCGACACCGGCAAAAUGAUCUCGCUUGGACUGCUUCGCGCGUUAAUAGCCACUUUAUCUGGCUGCCAAAUAAUCCUGCACAUCUAUCGCAGCGUGUGGGAGACCUGGGAAAUGCUAAAUCAAAUCAGCCAGAACACUAUCCUGCUGGACUGGUCGCUGCGCAGGACCUACGUCUUUCUGAAAGCCUUCGCCCUGCUCACCGCCACGGCCGCCUUCAACUCUUGUAAUGCGGAGCUCAAGCAGGCUGGAUACAGGGGCUUCGAACUUCCAGACAAAGCAUCAGAAAUUGCCGAGUGGUUCAAGACUCUGCGAAAUCGCCUCGAGGAAAAGCACAAGGACCUGAACUGUAAGGAGGGAAUCAUGCUAGUGCGCUUUAUGGACCACAACAUUUUGGCCUAUUUGACAGAAACGGGUAACGAAUCCACCUCCGAAGUGGGAAACGAGGCAGUUUCAGAGGCGGGCAAUGAUACCACAGCAUAAAUUUUAAGAAAUAUUAUUUUUUAAAGUGUUAUAUAGAUAUUCGAAUGUUUCAGUUAGCACAUAAAGCCUAAACCAGAAGUUUA